AUGGAAAUGGAUGGUUCCAGCGAGAAUGCCUGGUGGACAUUGCCUGAAAACUUUGAUGUCCCAUUUGUGACAUUCAUAGAUGAAGCCCAGGAAGAGCACAUAUUUGGCCAUGAAGACUUAUACCUCAGAAGCAUCGAGCUACACAGCAACACCCUUAUUCAACUGGAGAAGUGGUUUUCAACCUCAGGCCAGACUCGAGUCACUGUGGUUGGACCACUCAGAGCAAAGCAGUGGUUGCUGGAUAUGAUUCGGAGUGUGGGGAGCCACCAAGCUUACUUCCAGGCUAGAGGUGAAUUGAUGUUGCAUCUUGUCCGGAGCCAACCCUUGACCAACUCUGACUUGGAUGCUGCUUUCAGCACACUUAUAUGGCCUGAUUUGUGA